UUAGGCAUGGAAGAUGCAUGGAAGGAAGGAAUAUUUAGCCCUCUAUUUUGCUCUUCUAGUUUGUUACCCCCGAAAUAUUUUACACAGCAUAUAUAUAUAUAUAUAUAUAUAUAUAUAUAUAUACUCAGCGUACGGAGUAUAUACUCCGCAUAUAUAUAAAUAUCAACAAUCUUCCUCUCCUUUGCAAUAUAUAUAUCAAUUGCCAACCUCCUCCUCUGCUGCUAAAUACAUUUAAUUCCAUUGCAAAGCUCAUCCAAGAAAAAAAACAAGCAAUAGCUAUAAACUCACCACACCAACCACCCCAUCACCAACAGCAAAUCGCAACAAUGGCAACCAACGGCGUCAAGGUCCCCGCGCCCGAUCUCCAGGAAAUCCAUGACUUCCUCAUCGACCUGGCCACCCGCGCGGGAGAAGUCAUCACCGGCGCAAAGCCAUUGGUCCAUGGCGUCGACUCCAAGAAGAACAGCUCCGAUCUGGUAACGGAAUAUGACCGCGCUAUCGAGGCUAUGGUCUCCAAGGAGCUCAGGGCUAGAUAUCCCACUUUCGAAUUCAUGGGCGAAGAAACCUACCACCCCUCCAGCCCCCUCACCGACGCCCCCACCUUCAUCGUCGACCCAAUCGACGGCACCGUAAACUUCGUCCACGGCUUCCCAAACUCCUGCAUCUCCCUCGGCCUCGCCAUCCGCAAAAGACCCGUCGUCGGCGUCGUCCUCAACCCGGCCACCAACACCCUCUACUCCGCCAUCGCCGGCCGCGGCGCAUUCCUCAACCGCACCACCCGCCUACCGCUCAAGGGCCCCGCGCUCGAACCCCUGCGCGGCCUCAGCAACGCCCUGAUCGCCGUCGAGUGGGGCUCCGACCGCGCCGGGCGCAACUGGGAGACUAAGCUGCGCACCUUCGAGCGGCUGGGCAAGAGCCGCGAGGCGGGCGGCGCGAUGGUGCAUUCCAUGCGCUGCUUGGGGUCCGCGGCGCUGAAUAUGUGUGCCGUUGCGGCGGGCGUGCUGGAUCUGUAUUGGGAGGGCGGGUGCUGGGCGUGGGACGUGUGUGCCGGGUGGGUUAUUGUGACGGAGGCGGGCGGGAUGGUUGUUGAUGGGAACCCCGGCGGGUGGGAGGGGGCGGUUGAUGGGCGGAAGUAUCUUGCUGUGCGCGCGUCGCCGGGUGGGGAGGGCCAAAGGGAGAUUAUCGAGGAGCUUUGGGGGCAUAUGGUCGGGACGUUUGAUUAUUCGGAGUAAACAAUGGGGUUCUUCUUUUCUUUUUCCCUUGUCUUUCUAUAUCCACACGCUCUCCCGCUUGCCAAAUCAUGAUGCAAUUGGGACGGAUAGAAUGGUUUGGUCAUGGUUUUUAUGUAUAUGUUCACUCACUUUCACGCCUUUUAAUUUCUAAUUUGAUUUUUUCUUUUUUCUUUUUUCCUUUUUCUUUUUUUCCUUUCCUUUUCUCUUUGGAUAGAACCAGUCGUUUGUUCUAGAUUAGUUACGGCUGAGAAAAUCUACCGGAUAAAGCCAAUAGAAUAAAAGUUUGUCCUUCA